CGACCAGGAGAGGGCGCUCUGCAUGAAUGGUUUGGCGUACUAUUGAAAGCUAGCCAGGUAACAGUGUUGCUGCAAAUAGGUAAAAGUCUCUCUCACGGGAGUUAUUUUGGAAUUAUUAAGAAAUACGGUGUCAUUAAAAUGCCUGAGCCUACAGAUAUCAACAGUCCUGAGGCAGCACAGACACCUGGAGGCAGCAGUGGUCAUGGGAAAGAAGACAGUGUGGUGAAUGGGCACAAGGAAGGCGAGCCGAACCCCUUUGCGGAGUACAUGUGGAUGGAGAACGAGGAGGAGUACAACAGACAGGUGGAGGAGGAGCUUUUGGAGCAGGAGUUCCUGGAACGCUGCUUUCAGGAAAUGUUGGAGGAGGAGGAUCAGGAUUGGUUUAUUCCUGCAAGGGACCUUCCCCUCGGGGUAGGGCAGAUUCAGCAGCAGUUCAGUGGGCUGUCAGUCAGCGAUGGAAGCACUGAAGACAUUGUACGCAAGAGCAGUUUGAACCCAGAGGCGAAGGAGUUUGUGCCAGGAGUGAAAUACUAGGGACCUACCAAAUACAGGCUACUUCAGAGAGACUCUAUGCGACCACUGAUGGUCAGAGGUCAUCCCCCACCCAUGCCACCAUUAAAAGUGGUGCAUGAGUGUAGGGUUGAGGGGGUGUGACUCAUGGGUGGGGGGUGUUUUGAUGCUCUUCUAUAAGCUUUUUAUUUUCGUCUGUCUUCAUGUGUAACCUGGGAAGAGUGUUGGGUGGGCAGGGUAAUCAGUCUAUGCUACACGCGGACCGCUUCGGAUUGUGACUAGCUAUCCAGGAACUUCUGUUAUCUGAGAGAGACAAUUGUGUGAUUUCCACUAUUGUGAUAGUGAAGAGUCUCAGUGUCUCCCUGGACUGUGACAAUUGUUUUCUUGUUUUUUUUUUCUUGUUGUCCGUUUGUUUUUCUCUAUUUGAUUCGAGUUUAAUGGGGAGGAGAGUGUCAUAAGUGGGGGGGGGGGGGUGAGGAACGACUGACGUACCAAAAUGGAGCAUUGGCAGGUGGACCAGUUCAAAAAUGUUUUAAGCUGGUGGCAGCUGACUACCUUUGAUAGAUUUCCACAGUUUUCUUUCCCCCUUCAGUUGACGUCCUGUCACUGUGCGACUUGCAUUAUCAAAAUGAAGAAAAAAGUAUAAUUGAAUAAAAAGAGCAGGUUCCCUCUUGGAUGUUUUGUCUUAAUGUUUGAGUCACACAGCCCUGCAAGUACUCUGUGCUGUCUUUACAUUGCUUUUCCUCAUAAUAUCCCUGAGUAUUAUUCUAACGAAUUGUUUAUGGCCUGAAUUAUCAGACCGGAACAAGUACCAAGGAAACUGUUGUGUUUAGUCAGGGUGAUAUUAGUAUAUUAUGAAUUCAGGACUACCAGCUGUAUGUUUUUGCUUUUGUCUUAUGGUUUCGUAAGAUUAAAUGAUUCUUAUGCUGUUUCAAAAGUACAGUGAGUAGCACUGUUUGGUCCAAAAACUAUUACUGUAGUGAGUGCAAUGAGAUGUGAAAUGUUUGUCAUUCAUGAAAUUUCUCAUUUGGUCAGAUGAAACGUGCAGGUUGCUUCCAGUUCUGGAAAAAAAUGUGAUUUAUAUGCAAAAUAUAACAGAUAUAAACUUUUGAACUGACGUUUUAAAUA